CCAGAAGUGAACAGCAGGCGACCCGGAAGGUUUGCGCGCGGCUCCGCACCGAGCCGGAGCCGGAGCCGAAGCCGGAGCCCGGAGCCCCAGCCCGGCCCUGCUCGGGCCGCCGGGCGCGGGGCUGCGGCCGCGUCCCGGAGCCGCCGCCAGCACAGCCAGGAUGGCCGAGCCUCGAUUUAACAACCCCUACUUCUGGCCCCCUCCUCCCACCAUGCCCAGCCAGCUGGACAACCUGGUGCUGAUUAACAAGAUCAAGGAGCAGCUGAUGGCCGAGAAGAUCCGGCCGCCUCACCUGCCGCCCACGUCGGCCUCGUCGCAGCAGCCGCUGCUAGUGCCGCCGGCGCCGGCCGAGAGCAGCCAGGCCGUCAUGUCGCUGCCGAAGCUGCAGCAGGUGCCGGGGCUACACCCGCAGGCCGUGCCGCAGCCCGACGUGGCGCUGCACGCGCGGCCGGCCACCAGCACCGUGACGGGUCUGGGGCUCUCCUCGCGGACCCCGGCAGUGAGCACAUCUGAGUCGAGCGCCGGCACCGGUACCAGCACCCCGUCCACACCCACCACCACCAGCCAGAGCCGCCUCAUCGCCUCGUCCCCCACCCUCAUCUCAGGGAUCACCAGCCCCCCCCUCCUGGACUCCAUCAAGACAAUCCAGGGCCACGGCCUGCUUGGCACCCCCAAGUCCGAGCGCGGCCGCAAAAAGAUCAAGGCGGAGAACCCAGGAGGGCCGCCUGUCCUCGUUGUCCCCUACCCCAUCCUGGCCUCGGGCGAGACUGCCAAGGAGGGCAAGACAUACAGGUGUAAGGUCUGCCCGCUGACCUUUUUCACCAAGUCCGAGAUGCAGAUCCACUCCAAGUCGCACACAGAGGCCAAGCCCCACAAGUGCCCGCACUGCUCCAAGUCCUUUGCCAAUGCCUCCUACCUGGCCCAGCACCUGCGCAUCCACCUGGGCGUGAAGCCCUACCACUGCUCCUACUGUGACAAGUCCUUCCGACAGCUCUCCCACCUCCAGCAGCACACCAGAAUUCACACAGGCGACAGACCCUACAAGUGCCCACAUCCUGGCUGCGAAAAGGCUUUCACUCAGCUCUCCAACCUCCAGUCUCACCAGCGCCAGCACAACAAGGACAAGCCCUAUAAGUGUCCCAACUGCUACCGGGCCUAUGCGGACUCCGCCUCCCUGCAGAUCCACCUCUCCGCGCACGCCGUCAAGCACGCCAAGGCCUACUGCUGCAGCAUGUGCGGGCGGGCCUACACCUCGGAGACCUACCUGAUGAAGCACAUGUCCAAACACACAGUGGUGGAGCACUUGGUGAGCCAUCACUCGCCCCAGAGGACCGAGUCCCCGGGCAUCCCGGUGCGAAUUUCCCUCAUCUGAGCCGACCCAAGGCGCCGCCCUGCCCUGCCCACUGGCAGUCACAGACCCAGGCAGCACCAGGCCCCAGCUCCCUCCAGGGGCCCUCCAGGAACAGCCGAGCUCUCUCAUGACCUUCCUGAACUUCCAGAAAGCCUGGGCCACAAAGCCCUGCCCAGUCCAGCUCCGUGGGCAGCCCGGCCAACUGCAAGAUUCUGGACUGUUCUGGUGGCAUCCAAAGACGAUCUCAGAGCACUUUGAACCUCUCUGUUGGGUUUUCUUUUUGUUCCCCAACCUUCACUUGCUUCACUGUUUUUGUUUUUUUUUUUUGUUUGUUUUGGAAAUUACAAAAAGAUAUUUAUUGGCCAAGAAGUUGGUGCUGCUAAGACCGAGAAAUGAAAAGAAUCGGACAGAUGGACACAGAGAACCAGAGGGCAGUGUGGGACCUUCUCUUGCCUCGGCCUCAAGCCCGAGUUUCUGGACUGCAAAGGGGUCCCCCAGGUGGGAGGGGGCAGGAGGCGGCUGGAGUGAGCCACUCACCCCUGGGUGCCCAGCUUGAACCUCUCGAGCUGAGCCCUGGGCAUCACUGGGCAGAAGGAUGUGGCAGCUACCAGGGCUGCCCAGGCUUCCGGAGGUGAGCCAGAGAGGGGCUGGGAGAUCCACAUCCACAGGACCAAAGGGUGCCAUGCUGGACUGGGCUGGGCACAGGUCCAGGGAAAUGGGGUGGGGGUUGGCUGGGUAAGACCUGGCCCCUCGCUGUCCUGAAGACCACCCCAGUCUACCUCGGUGCUGGCCAGGAAACCUAUUGGCUACCUCUCCCGUCAUCCCAGGCCGUGGCAGGGGGAUGGGGAGGGAGUGGGCCUGGGGUUAGGAUCGCCCCCUCCAGAAUUUCCUCCAGAUAGGGCAGAGCCCAGGGAGGGGUUAUUUGUCUUCCCUGCCAUGGAGGGGGCUCCCCAGCCCAGGCCUCCCACCCCUCGGUAGGGAGGAGGGGUCCAGGAGCAGGCCCUGCCUCAGCCCCCACAGACACACCCCAAUCUGAAAGCCAUGCGUGUCCGUGUAUAUAGGAACUAUGUACAGAGCCCGGAGAAGCCCCCUACAUCCCCCGGGAAAAAAAAAACUAGACAGAAACUCAUCUAUAUAUUCUGUAUCUGGAGUUCCGUUUUGAAUAUUAACUGUGUUAUUUUUAUACACUUUUUAAGCCUUAACUCGCCAUUGAUUUACCAGUUCAACGUUUCCUGGGGUUUCUUUUCCCAGGGGGUUCUCUGCCCCCACCCCCACCCCUUUGUUUGACUUGCGUCGUCUGAUACUCAGUAUUGUAGCUUUUUGUCCGCAUGUUACUAUCCUGUAAAUAUGCUGUUAAACAUACUGUUAACACCCCUUUGCUUUUUCCUAUGGGACCUCCAGGCCACCAUAUUUAGAACUAGUUACCUUAUUAAAAAAGAGAAAACAGUCUGUUGGCUUCUCAGUCUGCAUCUUGGUGGCAGGGAGGUGAGGGCAGGUGCCGCUCAAUGCUUCAGGAAAGAAGUAUGCAUUAUAUUUAAGACAAGGGGUGGGUAGCAAAAUAAAAAUCAAAUGUGGGGGAAGACACGAAAGGGGGCAAGAAACGAAGGAAUUUCAAACCUCUGCUCUUUGUAUUUCUCUGUUGUGAAGAAUAAACUGUACCUGCACCCGGG